CCCCGAAUCAUCCAUCACGUCCCUUCCUUUGACCCUGCCGCUCACUUUCUCUCGUUUUUUUGUUCUUUGUUCCGUCGAGUCGACUCACUUCAAAGAAGUGCGCGCGAGCUUCCAAGCCCUCCAGAACCUUCCUCUCUCUUGGAAUCGUAUCCCCCCGGCCAUUUCCCCCCAGUUGUCCACACAAACAGCCCCCUCCCCGGCCACCCCCCUUUCUCUCGAUCGCGCGCCUCUAUCCACGCACACUCACCCACAUACCUCGACUCGCCGACCGUCACCAUGCCUGCCUACGAACUUCGCUCUGGGGGUGAUGUUAAGAACAAGAAGCAGAGUGUCGCCGACCUCAAGUAUCGCCGAUUGACCGAGCUCAAUGCCCGUUUGAAGGAGGAUCUCGACCGUCCCCGGGUCAAGGUGUCCGAAGCGGCUCUCUCGCUCAUCAAUUACUGCAACAACACUCGCGAUUUCAUGGUGCCCUCCGUAUGGGGACAGGUCGACAAGCGGGAGGACCCUUACGCUCCCCAGCAGCAGGGUGGCUGCUGCACCGUCAUGUAAUGGUCCUCAUGACGAACAGCUUCUCUCCAUCGCCACGACACGAUUUCUUUUAUUUCCCUCCCGUCCUCUUCAUCUAAUUCUUCUGGAUCCUUUUUUACUUCUCCUCCUCCACCUCCACCACCCCUGAUGAUCGUCUUCGACCCUUCUCGAUAACCUCCCCUCCCAUUGGGAGACGAACAACCACGCCGAUCGCUCACCUGCCGGGCGCGGACAAGCGAAAAGACAUGCGCCGAAGAAAUCGUCUGCUGGCUCUGCACGAAACCUCCUUCCUACGCCUUAAUCGGGAUCACGCGAGUAGAUUGAUCGUUCCUAGGUCCAAUCCACCCACCACCUCCCCGGAUGGUAGCUCCGGUAGAUCAUACACUGGACGAUAUGAUCGACCCUGCUUACCUUGUCUCUUCUAUUGUUUCGCCUUUUUCCUUGUUAAUUUCCUUGUCGUCUACUUCUACUUUCUUCUUCGUCCUAUCUUCCUAUAGCACCAUUACCCCCUUUGUCGUCCUUGUGUGUGUUUUGAAGCCAAAUUUUCCUUUGUUCUUCUGGGUUCCUCCAAAAGCCUCUCUGCACUGCACGAGAGUCGGGUUGCCAUUCGUGUAUCAUAGAUUCGAUUUGCAUCCAAUGACUAAAUACAAUAACCGAU